GACACUUUUUCCCGCUCUUCUUUUCCGUCUGUGACAAUGUUGCGUGUCUUCAAGCGUUCUCGGAUAGGAAUAUUGUCCUUGGCGAGGUACCAGAGUACGGCUGCCAGUGUCCAAUCGGUUCUGCUCAAAAAAGAAGAUUUCUGCUCGCGCCAUGUUGGUCCGCGCGCGAAAGAUCAGCGGGACAUGCUGGAUUAUCUCGGUUUGAAAACGAUCGACGAACUGAUUGCGAAGACCGUACCCGAGACUAUUCGCUUGAACAGGGCUCUCAAUAUCGAUCCAGCUCUGACUGAAGAUGAGUUGAUGCGGAAAGCCUCGGAAAUCGCUAAGAAGAAUCAGAUCUGGAGAUCUUACAUCGGAAUGGGCUACUCGAGCUGCUUGACGCCGCAUACGAUUACGCGGAACAUCUUCGAAAACCCAGGCUGGACGACACAGUAUACUCCAUAUCAGGCCGAGAUCGCCCAGGGCCGCCUCGAAUCUUUGCUGAACUUCCAGACGAUGAUCAAAGAUCUCACAGGGAUGGACAUCGCGAACGCGUCGCUCCUCGAUGAGGGCACGGCUGCCGCGGAAGCCAUGGGUCUCUGCUUCAGGAGCACGAAGAAGCGGAAGUUCUACGUUUCUGACAAAGUCCACCCGCAAACCAUAGGGGUGGUGGAGACACGGGCAAGCGCGAUGGGUAUCGAAGUCCUCGUUAAGAACUUGGACGAGGUGGAUUUCUCCACGAAAGAUGCUUGCGGAAUGCUGUUUCAAUAUCCGGACACCGAAGGAGCAAUCAACAAUUACCAUGAUCUCAUUGAGAAGUGCCACGACGGCGGGGCCUUGGCAGUUUGCGCCGCGGAUAUACUCUCGCUAACGAUUUUGAGACCGCCUGGAGAGCUCGGAGCCGAUGUAGCCGUUGGCACCACGCAGCGCUUCGGAGUUCCUCUGAACUACGGCGGACCCCACGCAGGAUACUUCGCAACGAGGAACAACCUCACUCGUCUGAUGCCAGGACGUGUGGUGGGAGUCACGAGGGAUGCCCACGGAAAUUCCGCGUAUCGAUUAGCUCUCCAAACUCGCGAACAGCAUAUCCGCAGGGAUAGAGCAACUUCAAAUAUUUGCACAGCUCAAGCAUUAUUAGCAAACAUGUCGGCAAUGUACGCUGUCUAUCACGGACCUCAAGGACUUAAGGACAUAGCGAACAGAGUGCAUGCAUCCACAGCUGUUCUGGCGGCCGGAGUACGUCAAGCAGGCCACAAGCUAAGACAUGAGCACUUCUUCGACACCCUGAAAAUCGCUCCCAAAGGCGAUGUUGGCACUCUGGAGAAGCGAGCUCACCAGUACAAAAUCAACUUGAGAUAUUUUGAUGAUGGGGAUGUCGGGGUCUCUUUGGACGAAGCCACCCGGCUCCAGGAUCUGGAUGAUCUUCUACAAAUUUUCGAAAGUCCAACAAACGCGCUCGAUUUGGCGGCCGAGCUGGCUGGUAGGUUCGAAAAUAUUCCCGCGGUUUAUCUACGAGAGAGCCCUUUCUUGACACAUCCCGUUUUCAACUGCUACCACUCGGAAACUCAGAUUGUUCGCUACAUGAAAAUGCUCGAGAACAAAGACAUCUCCCUGGUUCAUUCCAUGAUUCCUCUGGGCUCCUGCACGAUGAAGCUCAACUCCACUACGGAGAUGAUGCCUUGCUCAAUGCCAGAGAUCGCUCACAUCCAUCCUUUCGUUCCGCUCGAGCAAACAGCUGGAUAUCUCCAAAUGUUCUCCCAGCUUGAGCGCGAUCUUUGCGAGAUCACCGGUUAUGAUCGAAUAUCAUUCCAACCGAACUCUGGCGCACAAGGAGAAUACGCUGGGCUCCGAGCAAUCACCGAAUACUUCAAAUCGAAGGGCGAACAUCAACGUAACGUCUGCCUGAUUCCGGUAUCGGCUCAUGGAACAAAUCCGGCUUCUGCUCAAAUGGCCGGCAUGGUUGUAGAUCCCAUAAAGGUCACAUCUGAAGGGACGAUCGACGUUGCUCAUCUUCGUAAAAAGAUUAAGCAACACGGCGAUAAAGUUGCGUGUAUCAUGAUCACGUAUCCCUCCACCUACGGGAUAUUCGAGGACACAGUCAGGGAAGUCUGCGAUGUUGUACAUUCCGUUGGGGGCCAGGUCUACCUCGACGGAGCCAACAUGAACGCUCAAGUUGGUCUGUGCCGACCGGGAGACUACGGCUCUGACGUGAGCCAUCUGAACCUACACAAAACCUUCUGCAUUCCACACGGGGGAGGUGGUCCGGGAAUGGGGCCUAUCGGAGUGAAAGCUCAUUUGGCACCCUAUUUACCUUCGCAUCCGGUCGUAGCGCCGGGGGAUAUUCAAAAUUCGUUCGGCGUCGUGAGCGCUGCUCCUUGGGGAUCCUCCGCAAUCCUGCCGAUAUCCUGGGCCUAUAUCAAGAUGAUGGGUCCGGACGGACUUAAACAAGCUACCCAACUGGCUAUUCUCAACGCAAAUUACAUGCGACGGAGAGUGGAAAAGCACUACAAAGUUCUCUUUUCGGGCAAGAACGGUUUCGCUGCCCACGAGUUCAUUAUCGACUGCCGAGACUUCAAGAAAGCAACUAACAUCGAGGCAAUGGACAUCGCAAAGCGACUCCAGGAUUACGGUUUCCAUGCACCAACUGUGUCCUUCCCGGUUAGCGGUUGUCUGAUGGUCGAGCCAACGGAAUCAGAGGAUAAGGCAGAGCUCGAUCGCUUCUGUGACGCUAUGAUAUAUAUCCGUCAAGAAAUCCAAAACAUCGAAGACGGGAAAUGGAGCAAGGACGAUAACCCUGUGAAGAAUUCGCCCCACACCAUCAAAACGAUCACUCAGAACGAAUGGGAGCAUGCCUACACUCGUGAGCAAGCGGUUUUUCCUGCCCCAUUCAUCACCCCCGCCACCAAAAUGUGGCCCACAGUUUCUCGGAUCGACGAUACUUACGGGGACACGCAUCUGAUUUGUAGUUGCCCGCCCAUGGAAUCUUAUUCUUCCUUCGCGUCGUCUGAGUAGACUUCUUCGCGAGCGCAUAAGUAUCCACAACUCUCAACAUUCUUAUCCUACGAAAAAUAAUUUGAUGGGGAGUAUGUACAUAGAAUGUGAAUAAAAUCAGGGCGGUGGAAAGGCACCGACUUGGCUAUGAGGCAUCGACUCUC